GGCUUUUGAGUGAUUUGGGGGACUGAAGGGGCUUCCCAAAGAAAACGCUGUGAUUUUCUCUGUUAGGGGUGUGACUGUGGGUUACUAAGCCCCACAGUCAACCUUUUCUGUCUGUCUUUCUCUCUCUGUUCUCUUGCCGGAUGUCACUGCCCGUGGUCUUGCCCACUUCUUGCUGCCCAGUGCAAGCUACCACACCAAGCGGGGAGCCACCGCUUCGGAACCGGGCUCGGUGUGUGUCAUGGCCGGGGGCUCUGCACUCCAGCAGCAAUAACAGCAACAAUACCAGCCCGGCACGCCAGCCACUGCACUGCCCGCUCUACGGCCGCUCCCUCUUCGCUCUGGGACUGCUCCAGAUCGCUCUGGGUUUCUCCAUCGUGUCUCUCAGUUUCGGGGCUCUGUCCCUCACCGAGUCCCCCAACGUCAGGAACUCUUGUCCCUUCUGGGCCGGCUCCUCGGUGAUACUUUCAGGAAUUCUAGGAUUAACUACAUGGAAAAGGCCAAUGCUAUUAUUGGUAAACCUGUUCAUCCUACUGUCCGUUGUCUGUGUCCUGCUGAACUUGGCUGGAUUCGUUCUCUCAUGCCAGAGCGCUCAGUUUGUGUCUGGCAUCGUGGACUGUGAGCUGGUCAAAGUUGUUGAGGGCAACAGUUGUUUCUGCUGUGAAGACAACCAGGCAGUGAAAUGCAGUGACAAGAAGGAGAUACUAAUAUUGUACCCGGUUCUAUCAGUCUCCUGUGACACUGUGCGACUUGUGCUCAAGGACUUGCUGUUUGCCAUAUGUGUGUUGAAUGCUUUGACCACCACAGUGUGCGUUGUAGCUGCUGCUUUACAGUAUCUCCAGAUAUUUGUUGGCCGACGACCACAGACGGUUGAAGCCCAGAUUCCCCAAGAAGAAUCUGAAGGAACUCGCCAGUUACCUGAUCCAGAUGAAUUUGUUCCACCCAUUCCUCCUCCUCCAUAUUUCUCCACUUUCUGUUCCUACACUCCCAGGAUUAAUCCACGGGUUCUUAGCAAUGACGUAAUUCCCCUGACACAUAUCUAUGCGACCAGAAUGAAGGGGAUUGAAGUGUUUUGUCCUGUGGAACCGCCUCCCCCAUAUGAGGCUGUGGUGAGCAAUCCAAAUGAUGAGCAGGUUUCGAGCUUGCAAGCCACCGAGGUCAUGGACGGAGCAUCUGAAAGAGCAGCAUGUGCAGCAUCAGCUGAGAACAAUCCUCCGGGGGGCGCUCUCAGUGACCCGCUGCAGUUAUGCAUUGUGCACCCACCGCGGAGCAGACACUCUGGAACAGAAUGCAGCAAGUCGAGCAGGUCAGGGCUGAGCGGAUCAAACAGCGACCCACUGCUUCAAGAAUUAGUUAUAGAAGAGUUGGUGGUGAGCUGCGAAGCAGCGACGCAAACAGACGAGAGGCCGGACAUGCAGGUUGUGACCCUGCGCAGGGGUCACAGGUCAGGAACUCCCAGGUCGAGGCCCAGGUCACUGGUGGAUUACAGCAGCUACAGAGACACCAAGUUACUGGUUGCGAGCUUCUUGGAGCACUCGUCAUGCACUAUGACCCCGGAAGUGCAGGAACUUGUGGAAAAUAUUCGAUCAGUGUUGCAGUCUGAUGAGGAACACAUGGAGGAGGCAGUGGCAAGUGCUAACAUACUCGAUCAGGCGAUUAUUGGCAGCUCCGAACACAACAUCUCAAACAGGGAGACACCCCAGACGCAGGGCCAUGCACAACUGCUGCAUCUGCAGAGCUGCGGCGAUCUGAGCACAUUUGCCAGCACGGAGUCAGAAUCAGGAGACGGAAGCAGCGAGCACAAAAGCCAUCAGGAGAGACCUCACAGUCUGGUCGGUGUGAUGCAAGAGACUGUGCUUUAAACAUACAGGACUACUCAAAGUGCAAUUCGAGCCAGGACACAGCUUCAAAAUGCCAGUAACUAAUAUUGCCUGGGAGGGAACUAGUUUAAAGAUGGGAGUGCAAUAUGAGGAAACACUGACAUAGAAUCAUACUUAACAUAUGGGAGAACCAAGUACAAUAUGCAAGUGUAACUUAUUCAGCGAUAAACUGCUCAAAAUGCACUUAGUUCAAUGGGAGAUAGUGAAAGUUGCCCUUUAAGACUCCUCAUCUCAAGUUCCUGGUCAGUGAACAACGCCAAUGACUCUCGAAACUGCCCAGGUUCAUUAAAGCAAAAUCUACUUCUGUUCCUGCUCCUUAAGCCUCAUCAUGUCAAAGGGCACUUUAUUUGAAACAGAAAAUGAGGAAUUGCUAGGUCCAGCAAGGUAGCAUGAUGACUGGUUUAACACUGAUGGUUUUCCUUUGUAUCUUUUAUUGCUCUGAAUAAUUACAUGUCCUUUGCAUUUUGUAGUACUGUUUUGUUUAAAAUUUUAACAAAUGAAUUAACAGGUUUGUAAUCUUUAAUGUUAUAUAUGUAUAGAGAAAAAUAUAGAUUAUAUAUAA